GCCUUUAAAUAAUUUCUGCUAUAAAUAACAGAAAAUUGCAGGAAGCGGGAUCUUCAAGACUAAAUGAUCUUAUUAUUUUUAUUCUCUUCUUAUGGUCAAAGGUUUCAGAAAUUAAAAUUUUCUAAAUUUAUCUUUUUCGAAACUUCUAUACUCCUUCAUCCUUUAAUAACAGUCUUUAUGUUCGAUUGUCUAGGCCGGUUUUCCUUAAAAAAAAAAAAAAAGUCUCUGUUGUGAUCUUUUUGCGACCGUCUUUCUUAUUUUUUCUACUUGAAAUAUUUAUGUCUGUUUAUCAGAAGAUUGCGGCACUGAGAUUGUGUCUCUGAUUGAACAAAUUUCAUCUUAGCACACUCAGGCGAGAAAUCGGACUUCAAUGGCCAAUGAGAAGCAUAGGAUACUGAUGGUCUCUGAUUUUUUCUACCCCAACUUUGGCGGUGUGGAGAAUCACAUUUAUUAUCUUUCACAAUGUUUACUCAAGCUUGGCCAUAAGGUGGUGGUUAUGACUCAUGCUUAUGGAAACCGCUCUGGUGUGAGGUACAUGACGGGUGGCUUGAAAGUUUACUAUGUACCAUGGAGACCAUUUGUUAUGCAAAAUACGUUACCAACCUUUUAUGGGACACUUCCAAUUAUUAGGACAAUCCUUAUUCGAGAAAAAAUAUCUCUGGUGCAUGGACAUCAAGCCUUCUCAACCCUUUGUCAUGAAGCUUUGAUGCAUGCACGCACUAUGGGAUACAAAGUUAUUUUUACUGACCAUUCACUGUAUGGUUUUGCUGAUGUGGGAAGCAUUCACAUGAACAAAGUUUUGCAGUUUACUUUAGCGGAUGUAAGCCAGGCCAUUUGCGUUUCUCACACAAGCAAGGAAAAUACAGUGCUAAGAUCUGGUCUGCCACCAGAAAAGGUUUUUGUAAUUCCAAAUGCUGUGGACACUGCUAUGUUCAAGCCUGCUCCUGUGCGACCUGGCAAUAAUGAAAUUAUUAUUGUUGUGAUUAGUAGAUUGGUUUAUCGUAAGGGUGCGGAUUUGCUUGUUGAAGUCAUUCCAGAAGUCUGCCGCCGUUAUCCCAACGUUCGUUUCAUUGUUGGAGGAGAUGGACCAAAACGUGUGCGGUUGGAAGAGAUGAGGGAGAAGCAUUCUCUUCAAGAUCGAGUUGAAAUGCUGGGUGCUGUACCACAUGCUCAUGUACGGUCUGUUCUGAUUUCUGGCCACAUAUUCUUAAACAGUUCUUUAACUGAAGCCUUUUGCAUAGCUAUCUUAGAGGCAGCUAGUUGCGGAUUAUUAACUGUCAGUACACGUGUGGGAGGUGUUCCAGAGGUUUUACCAGAUGACAUGAUUGUACUUGCUGAACCAGACCCUGUUGAUAUGGUACUAGCGAUUAGGAAGGCGAUAUCUAUACUUCCUAAGAUUGAUCCACAAGUUAUGCAUGAACGUGUGAGUAACUUUUAUGUAGAAGAAUUUAUUAAUUUUGAGAAUUUGACUUAUUGUGUAAUGACCAAAGGAUUGUUUGACUUUUUCCAGAUGAAGAAAUUGUAUCAUUGGCAUGAUGUUGCCAAAAGGACUGAGAUUGUGUAUGACCGUGCAUUAAAAUGCUCCAACCAAAAUCUUCUGGAGCGUCUCUCACGGUACCUCUCCUGUGGUGCUUGGGCAGGAAAGCUUUUUUGCUUGGUCAUGAUCAUCGAUUAUUUGCUUUGGCGUCUUUUGGAAUUAUGGAAGCCUGCUGAGGAUAUUGAGGAGGUACCAGAUAUUGUUCUACCCUAUCAUCAAGAUGGAGAAAAGUUGCAGAAUUUCAAUGAAGACUAAUGCCGGAGAUGAUUAUUUUAGUAUGUCUUAACGGACAUGGAAAUACUAAUUUAGUUUAGCCAAAACCAACCAGAUUCUUUCCGAAGGUGUUUCUCUGAAUCUACUUUUUCUUUUUCUUGCCUAAUACAGUCCUACUUUGAGUUA